AUGAACCUCUCGAUUGUUAACUUGCAAAUGGACUCCAGUAAAGAAUGGCUCGAACAUGCAAGUAAUCUGUUAGACAGUAAGGGUCUUGCUCGAAUGGCUCUUCUGCUUUGGAACCUUUGGAACAGGAUAAAUCAAUGGGUCCACGAUGGAGAUCUCCAAGUUGAUCAUGAUGUUGUGAGUAAAACUUGGGAGCUGGCAGCAAGCUUCAAAGUAGUGACAGAGUCUUCAAACCAUUCAAGUCCGAAUCGACGACCCUCUGUCCAAGCUUUGUGGAAUCAUCCAUCGGUUGGAAGGGUUAAGAUUAACGUAGAUGGAGCAUUCAUCAACAGAUCAAGUGAGGCAACUCUAGGACUUAUUGCUCGGGAUCACCACGGAAUGGUGUUUGGAGAUGCUCCUCAAAUGACUGAAUCAGUUGAAGCGUUAACCAUCGUCCAAGCUGUUAGAUUUGCAAUAGAGAAUGAUUGGGAUCAUGUCAUAAUCAAAGGAGAUGCAAUCAGAAUAGUCAAUCGUUUGAACUAUCACAGUGAAGACAUCUCGGUGGUCGAUAUGCUUCUAAACGAGGUACAUGAAAAACUAGCUGCACAUCUAAAUUAA